AUGGCUCCUGCUCGGUGUAUCUUGGAUACUUCCAAGGCAAAGAGUCAAAGAGCGUUCGUCAACGCCAGAGAAGUGGGAAACUUCGCCCCCGAACGAAUCCCUGAGUCAGUAGCCCAACGCCCCAGUGCUUCCCUUCGCUCUCGUUGGGGAUUGUCUGAUGGAGGUUAUGAGAGAUUUUGGAGUGACCUCCGAAAACUAAUUCCUGGGCUUAGGGUGACUGGUACUACACAUCUGCAUCCAAUGGAUCGUCUGGAGGUCGUCAUCCCCUCCCCUGCCCAUCGAGCAUUGCACCGACAAGCGUGGGUUACCCAACACCGCGAAUUCAUUGCGCGAAAUGAAUCUGGCCUGUCGUAUCUUUUCGUUUACUGCGACGGUUCUCAAUCUGUUCGAAAUGGGGUGGUUCGAUGGAUGGGCCGGUGGGAUCAGGCGACGCUGAGACGAGGGCCCUUUGCGCUGCAGCAAGGGAGGUCUAUCGAGACUGUUGUGGGUCAGGUUGGGCAGGCCCAAUGUUCGCAGGAGUUUGGGAUACAUGUAGGGCGAUUGUUGGGCAACAGGAUUGGUAUUGAUGUCGUCGUCAAAUGGUGCCCUGCUCAUUCUGGUGUGGUUGGUAACGAGCGAGCAGACGAAAUCGCGAAGAUAUGGGCUUUGUAA